UUAGUGAGGGGGAAAAGGAUUGUAAAAGGUGACACUCAAGCGAUGGAAUGUGACAGAAUCCUCUGUUGAUGGGAGUAUAGGCCUUAUGGCAUGUCGUUUUUUAGAAAUCGACGAGGACAGACCUUAGAGGAUCCGGUACUGGCUACCAGCAGAAUAACUUGUUCCCUAGGGGAGAACAAGACACCGAACUAUGCUGUGCAGGCUUCUGGUCAUCUAUUUACCAACCGAGUGCCUACUGCCCUGUAAAAACCGAAAUGGAUCUACUGGAUUGAAGAAGAUGAUGUGUGUUCCGAGGUACAUCAUGUGCAUCGCCUCUGGAAGACUUUGGUACAGACCUGUAGGAUAUAUACCAAUAUAACCAUUCAUUUCACGAAGGAUAUCGCAGAAAUGGCGUUCUAACGAUGCAUCCGUUUAAGUCCGUUCUCCUAAUGGUGUUCCUGUGCUCCUUGAUGGUCUAUCUCGGGAGUUGUAUAAAAGGACUGUUAGGUAGGACACAGGUCUUCGCUCACCUCACCUGGAAAAUGGAUUAUAUUCUGCCCAUCUUUGUGCUGAUUAAUAGUUUAUUUUCUACUUAUUUAUCUGUGAUACUUCUGUGGAUGUUCAGUAUUGCGUGCAUUUAUACUACAGAGGAACUAGAGAAAAACGUGGCGAAAGGGGAAACGUUGACGCUAAAGAAUGUUAGAAGAUUGCCGAGUAAAGAAAAGAAGGUUGCGGUUUCCUCUACUGCUGACAGUAUAAAGAAUGCAGAAAAGUUUAUCGAAUUAUUUCAAGUCUGGCUGUUUGAAGAAGAAAAUAUAUCAACAGAAGCAGAGCCACUGGAGCAAAAGAUCGACAAACUCCAGAGUGCCUGUAAACAGCUGAAGAGAGUUCAGAUCAUCAUUGACUCAUUGAAGACCCAGAUUCUCUACAAGAAUCCGAAGGACAACAGCAAGUACACGAGAACUCAGGACCUGCUCAACAAGUUUGACUAUGUAACAGCUUACAUGGAGUUAAGGCAGCACAUGCUGACGUUGGUAGGGAAGCAGUUCUUGGCCUUCCUGGAGCAAGGGAAAGAGGUGAAGAUUUGGCUGUCGGACGUUGUGGAGUUUCAGGAGAGGCUGCAUCAUGUGACAUGUGACCGCCACCUUGUUGUCCAGCAGCAGCUCUCACAGACGCAGGUUAUUGGGAAACAAAGUCAAAUGAUUGCAAGAAAGCUGGAAACAUAUGAAAACACUGCAAAACAACUAACAUCUACACUACAGGAGAUGGGAUCAUUUUCAAAUAGCUUUCGAAUUGCAUUAAGAAAAGAGGAUGGAAAGAAUCAGAAGAGAUGGAGCGACACCCUGAUGAACUCGGUGACAGAAGAGAUGACACAAGUGGCAGAGCGGUUCUCUACAGUCCUCAAGCUAAACGCAUGUUACCAUACCCAUCUGCAGGGUCUCUUAUUGGCCCUCGUGCUAAACUAAAAGCAUAAUGACGCCAGAGAACAUUCUAU